GCACGGAAACACGGCCCGAGUUGAGUGGAGUGGAUUGAGUAGACGUGUCAGCUGCGGAAGUGGAGCUGCAGAAUCCAACACGCAAAAUCCCUUUCUAAAGGGGAUGGUUUUAGGAUUUACACUGACGUAAACGGAGCUAUAUCUUCAUACAUUACGCAUUUCUGUUCGGUUAUUAUUGUCAGUGAAAAUGUUGACCAAAUUUGAAACAAAGUCGGCCCGAGUGAAAGGGCUGAGUUUCCACCCGAAACGGCCCUGGAUUCUGGCUAGUUUGCACAACGGCGUCAUCCAGCUGUGGGACUAUCGCAUGUGCACCUUAAUCGACAAGUUUGACGAGCAUGAUGGUCCAGUCAGAGGUAUUGACUUUCAUAAGCAGCAGCCACUGUUUGUGUCAGGAGGAGAUGACUACAAGAUCAAGGUGUGGAACUACAAGCUGCGCCGGUGUCUCUUUACUCUUCUUGGACAUCUUGACUACAUUCGUACCACAUUCUUUCAUCACGAGUAUCCCUGGAUCCUGAGUGCCUCAGAUGAUCAAACCAUUCGCAUUUGGAACUGGCAGUCCAGAACAUGUGUCUGUGUGCUGACGGGGCAUAAUCACUAUGUGAUGUGCGCUCAGUUCCAUCCAUCUGAGGACCUGGUGGUGUCGGCUAGCUUGGAUCAGACUGUGCGCGUGUGGGAUAUUUCCGGUCUGAGGAAGAAGAACUUGUCUCCGGGUGCUGUGGACACGGAGGUGCGUGGCAUCUCUGGUGUCGACCUGUUUGGGGCCUCUGAUGCAGUAGUGAAGCACGUUCUGGAGGGUCACGAUCGAGGCGUAAACUGGGCAGCCUUCCAUCCCAGCAUGCCUCUCAUUGUGUCAGGAGCAGAUGACCGCCAGGUCAAGAUCUGGAGGAUGAACGAGUCAAAAGCAUGGGAGUUGGACACCUGUCGAGGGCACUACAACAAUGUGUCCUGUGCGGUGUUCCAUCCUCGUCAGGAGCUCAUCCUGUCCAACUCUGAGGACAAGAGCAUCCGUGUGUGGGAUAUGUCCAAGAGGACAGGCGUCCAGACCUUUCGCAGAGAUCACGACCGUUUCUGGGUGCUGGGGGCUCACCCCAACCUCAACCUGUUUGCUGCUGGCCAUGACAGUGGGAUGCUGGUGUUUAAACUGGAAAGGGAACGUCCAGCUUAUGCCGUGUAUGGGAACAUGCUGUACUAUGUAAAAGAUCGCUUCCUGCGUCAGCUUGACUUCAACAGCAGCAAGGAUACAGCCGUCAUGCAGCUGCGCAGUGGAUCCAAAUUCCCAGUGUUCAGCAUGUCCUACAACCCUGCAGAAAAUGCUGUGCUGUUGUGCACUAGAGCUACUAACCUGGAAAACAGCACAUAUGAUCUGUAUUCCAUUCCCAGAGAGAGUGACUCCCAGAAUCCUGAUGCUCCAGAGGGAAAGCGUUCCUCUGGUCUGACUGCGGUUUGGGUGGCUAGGAACCGCUUUGCUGUACUCGACCGCAUGCACUCACUCCUGAUAAAGAACCUGAAGAAUGAGAUUGUGAAGAAGGUCCAGGUACCGAGCUGUGAGGAGAUCUUCUAUGCUGGAACUGGAUCUCUGCUGCUGCGUGAUGCUGAAGGAGUCACGCUAUUUGACGUGCAGCAGAAGCGCUCCCUCGCUACAGUCAAAAUCGCUAAAGUCAAAUAUGUGGUGUGGAGCUCCGAUGCCAACCAUGUGGCCCUGCUGGCCAAACACGCCAUCAUGAUCUGCAACAAGAAGUUAGAGAGCCUGUGUAACAUCCAUGAGAACAUCAGAGUGAAGAGUGGCGCCUGGGCCGAGAAUGAAGUCUUCAUCUACACCACCUCCAACCACAUCAAAUAUGCUCUUACCUCCGGUGAUCAUGGUAUAAUCCGUACAUUGGAUCUACCCAUCUAUGUGACAAGAGUCAGAGGCAACAGUGUGUACUGUCUGGAUCGUGAGUGCAGACCACGAGUGCUCAAUAUUGACCCCACUGAGUACCGUUUUAAAUUGGCUCUGGUCAAUCGCAAAUAUGAAGAGGUUCUUCAUAUGGUGCGUAACGCUAAACUGGUAGGCCAGUCCAUCAUUGCCUACCUGCAGAAGAAGGGCUACCCAGAGGUUGCGCUGCACUUCGUCAAAGAUGAGAAGACUCGUUUCAGCCUGGCUCUGGAGUGUGGAAACAUUGAGGUGGCGUUAGAGGCUGCAAAAGCCCUGGAUGAACGUAGCUGCUGGGAGCGUCUCGGCGAGGCUGCGCUUCUGCAGGGCCAUCACCAGGUUGUGGAGAUGUGCUACCAGAGAACCAAGAACUUCGACAAACUCACCUUCCUGUACCUUAUCACUGGCAACCUGGCCAAACUCAGGAAGAUGAUGAAGAUAGCUGAGAUAAGAAAGGACAUGAGUGGACACUAUCAGGGUGCUCUUUAUCUGGGUGACGUCAGUGAGCGUGUGCGAAUCCUGAAGAACUGUGGACAGAAGUCUCUGGCUUACCUGACUGCUGCCACUCAUGGGAUGGAUGAGGAGGCUGAAUCCCUGAAGGAGACCUUUGACCUGGAAAAAGAAAUGGUGCCAGAAGUGGACCCCAAUGCCCAGCUGUUGCAGCCGCCACCUCCCAUCAACCCCUUGGAUACCAACUGGCCUCUGCUCACCGUCUCCAAGGGCUUCUUCGAGGGAGCCAUUGCUGCCAAAGGACGUGCUGGUCAGAUGGUUGCUGACCUGGACAUGGAUGCUUCAGGAGGAGAAGGCUGGGGAGAAGAUGCAGAACUUCAUUUGGAUGAAGAUGGAUUUAUGGAUGCUCAAGAGGGAUUGGGAGAUGAGGGAGCUAUUGGGAAAGAGGAAGGAGGAGGCUGGGAUGUUGAGGAAGAUCUGGACCUCCCGCCAGAACUGGAUGUACCUUCUGUUGGCGGAGGUGGCGCAGAGGGCGACGGUUUCUUUGUGCCACCCACCAAGGGCACAAGCACCACGCAGAUGUGGUGCAACAACUCUCAGCUGGCGGUGGAUCACUUAUUGGCUGGAUCUUUUGAGACUGCUAUGAGGUUGCUGCAUGACCAGGUUGGUGUGGUUCAGUUUGGACCCUAUAAGCAACUGUUCAUGCAAACUCUGUCCCGUGGGCGCACCUGUUACCUGGGCCUGCCGUCUCUGCCCUGCUUACACAGUUACCCCCAGAGGAACUGGAAGGACAGCGGGGCUAAAGGAGGUCUGCCAGCGGUGGGCCUGCGUCUCUCUGAUCUCAUUUCCCGCCUGCAGCAGUGCUAUCAGCUGACCACAGCAGGGCGCUUUGAAGAAGCUGUUGAUCGUUUCAGAGCCGUUCUCCUAAAAAGAUAA